CCGUCGCGAUACCAAAGUUCGAAACCGAGCCAGCAACAUGACAACAGGCGAUGAGCUGUACUCCCUGUACAUUAAAAGGAGGCGGAGUACGUAUAGAGAUCCCUGCCCCAGGGUGCAGAGUGCAAACCGCCGCGAGAGCAGAGAGAGAGGCUCCGCGCGAAAUCGGCUACCUUUAUAACCCGGCCCGGUCGUCACGUCUCCGGCCACCGCACGUCGUCGUACCCUCCUGCAGCUGCAGGUCGCCUCUCCCACGUCUCCCGUGUCCCGAGUCCCCGACUCGUCAAAGAAUCUCCUUCACCGACGACUCCUCCGACUCUCGGCUCCCCCCGCGUGGGCCAUGGAUCACCAGCCGGACAUAGCGCCGGCCGAGGCGGCGGCGGUCGGGAUCGCCUCCCCGCUGCGGCGGCGCGGGGGGUGGCUCCGGCGGAUGUACACGCCCGUGGGCGCCCCCGAGCAGGCGGCGCCGGCGGCGGCCGACGACAGGAGGCCGCGGCGGCGGGGCGGGUGGCUGCGGCGGCGGUGGAAGGUGCUGAGCGGCGCGCCGUCGAGGCUGGCGGCCGGGCUCCCGCGGUGGAAGCGGGCGUCGGCCGGCGGCGGCUGGGCGUCGGCGCUGCUCGACGCCGCCACGUUCCGCGUCAUGUACGUCGUCGAGGCCGUCGUGCUCGGCCUCGCGCUCUCCUGCUUCUUCUGCUGCUGCGGCUGCCAGAUAUGAGAUCGCCGCCCACCCGCCGCCUCAGUCCUUGCUCGCGCUCUUCCGAUCCCGCCCGCCGAUGCGGCGGGGCCUGUAUGUCCCCGCUGAUCGCCCCAUGAUUGUUGGCUACUGCUAGCUGUUAUUGUAAGUUGUAACGGUGUAAAGUUUUCGGCCUUGAUUACCAAGACUAGAAAUUUCUCCGAUCCCGGCUCCGACUUCA